AUGUGGAGGCCUCCACUUCGUCCCGCCUCCUUGAGCGCGUUCCGGGGCCCGGCCGCCCCCUCCUCAGCCUCCGUUGUCUCCGCCCCGCCUCGGCCGCCGUCGCCCGUCGUCCCGCUUUCGCCCCUGCCCUGCCGCCGCCCCCAUCCGCCUCGGUGGCCGCCCCGGCUGUCCCGCCGCCAUCCCCAUCCGUCCCCUACCCCGCUGCAGCCCCCAUCCGCCUGGCUCGCCGUCCCUACCCCCCACGCCAGGCCGGAACCCUCUUGCUCGGCGCCCGCGCCCAAGAAGGGCUCCAAGAAGGCCGUCACCAAGGCGCAGAAGAAGGAUGGCAAGAAGCGCAAGCGAAGCCGCAAGGAGAGCUACUCCAUCUACGUGUACAAGGUGCUCAAGCAGGUGCACCCCGACACCGGCAUCUCGUCCAAGGCCAUGGGCAUCAUGAACUCCUUUGUCAACGACAUCUUCGAGCGCAUCGCCAGCGAGGCCUCCCGCCUGGCGCACUACAACAAGCGCUCCACCAUCACGUCCCGCGAGGUGCAGACGGCCGUGCGCCUGCUGCUUCCCGGCGAGCUGGCCAAGCAUGCCGUGUCCGAGGGCACCAAGGCUGUCACCAAGUACACCAGCUCCAAGUGAGGCGCGCCGGCAGCCCCGGAACCCAAAGGCUCUUUUCAGAGCCGCCUCUGGGCACAGAAGGGAGCUUGCCA